GGGCGGGGCUGCCAUUUUGUCCGCGGUCCGUGCUUGAGGCGGCGGCUGCGGUGGUGGUAGCUGCAGCAGCGCCAGCGCAAAGUGACAGUCGCGGCGUCUCUUCUCUCUCGGCUCCCCGCCAUGAUGCUCUCCGUGCGCGCAGCCGCCGCUCUCGCCCGCGCCCUGCCCCGGCAGGCCGGCCUGGUGUCCCGAAAUGCUUUGGGCGCAUCAUUUGUUGCAACAAGGAAUCUCCAUGCCUCCAAAACAAGUCUACAGAAAACUGGCACUGCUGAAGUAUCCUCUAUUCUUGAGGAGCGCAUUCUGGGUGCUGACACCUCUGCUGAGCUAGAAGAAACUGGCCGUGUGCUCUCAAUUGGUGAUGGUAUUGCCCGUGUAUAUGGCCUGCGGAAUGUUCAAGCAGAAGAAAUGGUUGAGUUCUCUUCUGGGCUGAAGGGUAUGUCCCUGAACUUGGAGCCAGACAACGUUGGUGUUGUCGUAUUUGGUAACGACAGAUUGAUUAAGGAAGGGGACAUUGUGAAGAGAACAGGUGCUAUUGUUGAUGUCCCAGUUGGGGAAGAGCUGCUUGGUCGUGUUGUAGAUGCCCUGGGCAAUGCUAUUGAUGGAAAGGGUCCCCUCAAUUCCAAAAUCCGUAGGAGAGUAGGUCUCAAGGCCCCUGGGAUCAUCCCUAGAAUCUCUGUGCGUGAGCCCAUGCAGACUGGCAUCAAGGCCGUGGACAGCUUGGUGCCAAUUGGCCGUGGACAGCGUGAGUUGAUCAUUGGAGACAGGCAGACUGGCAAAACUGCAAUUGCUAUUGAUACCAUAAUCAACCAGAAACGAUUUAAUGAUGGAACUGAUGAGAAGAAGAAAUUGUACUGUAUCUAUGUUGCAAUUGGUCAGAAGAGAUCUACUGUUGCUCAGCUGGUGAAGAGGCUUACAGAUGCAGAUGCCAUGAAAUACACCAUCGUGGUCUCCGCCACAGCCUCAGAUGCUGCCCCUCUUCAGUAUCUGGCUCCGUAUUCUGGCUGCUCCAUGGGAGAAUACUUCAGAGACAAUGGCAAACAUGCUCUGAUUAUCUAUGAUGAUUUAUCCAAGCAGGCUGUUGCCUACCGCCAGAUGUCUCUGCUGCUGCGUCGUCCCCCUGGACGUGAGGCCUACCCUGGUGAUGUGUUCUAUCUACACUCGCGUCUUUUGGAAAGAGCUGCCAAAAUGAAUGAUUCCUUUGGAGGCGGCUCUCUGACUGCCCUUCCUGUCAUCGAGACUCAAGCUGGUGAUGUGUCAGCCUACAUUCCAACUAAUGUCAUUUCUAUCACUGAUGGGCAGAUCUUCUUGGAAACUGAAUUGUUCUACAAAGGUAUCCGCCCGGCCAUUAAUGUUGGUCUAUCUGUGUCACGUGUCGGUUCUGCUGCCCAGACAAGAGCCAUGAAACAAGUAGCUGGAACCAUGAAGCUGGAAUUAGCUCAGUACCGUGAAGUAGCUGCGUUUGCCCAGUUUGGAUCAGACUUGGAUGCUGCUACUCAGCAGCUACUUAAUCGUGGUGUGCGUUUGACCGAGCUUCUCAAACAAGGACAAUACGUCCCCAUGGCAAUUGAAGAACAAGUUGCUGUUAUCUAUGCUGGAGUGAGAGGUCACCUGGACAAGUUGGAGCCCAGCAAGAUAACGAAAUUUGAGAGUGCUUUCCUUGCUCAUGUUCUGAGCCAACACCAAGCCCUCCUUUCCACAAUCAGGGCCGAUGGAAAAAUCUCUGAGCAAACGGAAGCCAAGCUGAAGGAAAUAGUCAUAAAUUUCUUGUCAACAUUUGAAGCAUAACCUGAACAGUUCUGUGUACUUAACUAUUUUAGGUUAUUGAUCCCUCUGAUAGUCCUCUGGUUCGGUUUUUCAGAGACUUAAAGGUAUAUGUGAGCUGACUGUACAGAUUCUCAUUGAGAAUUAAAAAUUCUGUGUAAAGAAGUCUUGUGGCUUUAGUCCUCAACUGUUGUGGAGAUGUCUUGGCAACCUGCAUAAUGACAUGGCAAAUAAAUUUUUCGAAACCAA